AUGAAGUCGAGCCUGGACACGUGCAUCAAGAACUACGACAAGGCCAUCGCCAGCUUGGACGCUGUCAAGGAGGCGUGCAAGGCCUGCGACAAGGACAAGGAUGCCAACAAGGACAAGAAGUGCAGCCCCAAGCACGUUAGCAAGGAGCUCAACGAUGCCAUUGUUGAGGGGACGAAUAUCUUGUUGGAAGUUGCCAAGAAGAUUAAGUGA